CCUAAAAUAUUCGCAUGUCUGAGCUAGUCGAGGUAGACCGUUGGUGAUUUGGCGCUCUUAUUCAAGACGAUCUUUCCCAGGAAACCUUCCAAGAGCAUUCAAGUCUUGGGCUUUCUCCACCUAUCAUCUCUCAAUCUCGCUAAAAAUGAUUUUGCCUUUGUUGACGUUGGCGCUGCUAACAACGACAGGAACUCAAGCUCAUGUGCAGAAACGAGCAUCUGUUACAGACUGCCUCAAUGCAGUGAAUGUUCCACGAUCUCUCCCAGGCUCAGCCAACUUCACACAAGCAAUCAAGCCUUUCAAUCUACGUCUUCCGUUCACUCCAGUUGCGGUAGCAGUUCCGUCAACGGUUCCGCAAGUCCAAGCAGCUGUUGCGUGUGGAGUUCAGUACAAGUUUGCUGUUACAGCGAAAGGAGGAGGUCAUAGCUAUGCUUCUCAUGGCAUCGGUGGAGAGAACGGCCAUUUGGUUGUGGAUAUGAAGUUAUUUACCAACAUUACCGUAGACAGCUCUACGCAGAUCGCUUCUGUUGGGACUGGGUCCAGACUUGGAAACGUAGCUGUUGCGCUGUUCAAUCAAGGGCAGAGGAUGUUCAGUCAUGGAACUUGUCCUGGUGUCGGGAUCGGCGGCCAUGUCGGCGGAGGAGGCUACGGUUAUUCAUCCCAUACGUAUGGCCUCGCUCUCGACAACCUUGUCGAAGCAACCGUCGUCCUCGCCAACUCCACAGUCAUGACAGCAUCCACAACGCAAAACGCCGAUCUCUUCUGGGGCAUCCGUGGAGCCGGCGCUUCAUUCGGAAUCAUCACACAAUACAAAUUCCAGACCUUCCCUGCGCCAUCUAGCAACACGGUAUUUUCGUACAACUACAACUUCAACCAGGCGCAAGCAGCAGCCAUGCACAAAGUGCUGCAGGAGUAUGCGAACACGACGAUGCCGGUCGAGAUGAACAUGCGGAUGUUUGUUAAUGCGUAUAGUUUUGGGCUGCAGGGUGUAUACUAUGGCAGUCAGGAUAAUUUCAAGAAAGCUAUUGCGCCGCUGUUGGCGAAGGCGCCAUUCACGGGUGGGAAUGGACAAAUUUCCACGAAAGGGUGGAUUGAUACUUUGAGCAAUUAUGCGUAUGGGAGCUUGAGCACUGGAUUGGAUUAUGAUGUUCAUGAAACCUUCUUCUCCAAGAGCCUUAUGACUGUGUCUCUUACCAACGAAGCACUCAAUGCAUUUUGGGCAUACUGGAAUACCAACGCGCGGACGAACUCGCGAGAUUGGUACCUAAUUAUUGACCUACACGGCGGUCCUACCUCUGCGAUCUCCAAGGUAGCGGACAACGCAACCUCAUACGCUCACCGCAACGCCCUCCUCAAGUACGAGUUCUACGACCGCGUGAACAGCGGUUCGUAUCCUGCUAAUGGGUUCUCGUUCUUGAAUGGUUGGGUGGCUUCAAUCACUUCGGCUAUGAACACGACCACGUUUGGAAUGUAUAUGAAUUAUGCCGAUCCGUCGCUGAGUACCGCUGAUGCGCAUAAUCUGUACUGGUUGAAGCAUUAUGAUGCUUUGACGAAAGUGAAGAAAGCGUAUGAUCCGACGAUGGUGUUUUCGAACCCGCAGGCUGUGAUGUUGACAUGAGUGGGGCAAAACGAUGCGAUGCGAAGUGUGGGGAGAUUUGGAUGAAAGAAGUAGAAAUCUAGAUU